GCCGAAAACCAUCCGUAUAAUGAGACUGGGCCCCAAGUCACGAGUGGCGGCGAGUUUAUCGCACUGCUGCGAGCAGGAACUAUCCGUCAAGUGUGAGACGCCCGAAGACCUUGAGAAACUCUACGACUCUAUGGAGGUAGUUGGAGUGACGUGCUUAGGGGCAUCUCACGCCAUGCUGUCGCGAACGACCUUCGAUAUGUGCAUUGUUGAUGAAGCGACUCAGGUCCUCCAAAGUACAGUUCUGAGGCCCUUGUUUGCUGCGAAGCGUUUCGUUCUGGUGGGAGACCCGGACCAACUGCCCCCAGUCGUACGGAGCAGAGCUGCCAGGCGACUAGGCAUGGAAGAGAGUUUAUUCCACCGUCUCAUGAGCGAUGCAGCCACGUCGACUUUGGCAUUACAGUACCGCAUGAACGCGCCGCUGGCCGCGCUUGCUAACACCGUCGCUUAUGGCGGCAAGCUGCUCUGUGCCAACGACGCGGUCGCUCGAGCCCGCCUGGACGUCGACUUGCAGGCAAGUAUAUGACGUCACACCUGCAGGCGAUAGGAGAGAG